CAUUCGCAGCUAUGCUAUGCCCCAGAACUGGAACUCUUGACUUCACACAAAAUGUCCUUGCGCCGGCAGACCACUCGCCAUGAUUUCCAGGCCCAGUCGUCUAUCAGGGACCGGAGGAAGCACGCCGAGCAUGCGAAGGGUGUCAGUCUUCAAUCCCUCUUCAUCGGCAUUGCAAUUCAGGAAGGCGCGCGCGGCUCGCUAGAUGUCGGCUUCGCAGCCCAUGACGGGACCUACUCGAUUGACUUCGCAGUCGUAAACCUAUCAAUAGCAGCAGCCCAGUCCGAAUUGGCCGAAUCCGAUCCACUUGCUUCUCUUGGGUCAGGAAUAUCUUAUUCCGUCGAUAGGCCCGGCAGUUCCACUCCUGUUAUAAAAGACGAUAUGCCUGCGUCCUUGGUUGACUUCUUCGUCGAAAAGAUUAGGGAGUAUCAGAGGAAACACUUUUACAAGUUUACUGGUGCUGGCAUUAAUACGAAUGCAUUGAGGCACAGCCCCGAACUUGCCGCGCGAUUAUGGCAGGAACUCGACAUUGUCACCUUGGUGAUACCCGAAGAUCCAUCACUGGACCCAAUGUUCGCCGACAGCAGUAAUCAUAAUGUGCGAGUUGACGAAGAAUCGGAUACAAUGACAAGAAAGGCUUUAUUACACUUUGGCCCCACGAAUCAGCUCCGCUUGGGUAUUGGCUACCGGAACAAAGUCGCGGUUGACUGCAAUGGACAUGCUCACCUGGCUCUAUUUGAUGACUACAAGGAGACAGUCAAUGCAGAGACAACAUGGAUGGCGACACUCAAGUAUGCCGAAGCCCUCAAAAAAGACAAGGUUCAGAUUGCCUUCUUCAACAGCACUCCUCAAGGCGGUGGUGUAGCAUUGAUGCGACAUGCCCUAAUCCGCUUUCUCCGUCUAGUUGGCGUGGAUGCUUCAUGGUACGUGCCAAAACCCUCGCCAGAGGUCUUCCGGAUUACGAAGAACAACCACAAUAUUCUGCAAGGCGUCGCCAAUCCGGACGUCCGUCUCACUAAAGAGCAGGUUGUCAUGCUCGACAAUUGGUGCCAACAAAACGCAGAUCGUUUCUGGACACUCAGAAAUGGCGCUCUUGCACCUCGCUCAGAAGGUGGCGCCGACGUUAUUAUCAUCGACGAUCCCCAAAUGCCCAGGCUUAUCAAAAUAGCAAAGGAACUGGAUCCAGAUCGUCCUGUGAUUUUCCGUUCGCAUAUUCAGAUUCGUGCCGACCUGGCAGACCAGGAGGGUAGCCCAACAUCCGAGGUGUGGAAUUGGGCUUGGGAAAACAUUAAACAAGCAGAUAUAUUCAUCAGCCACCCUGUUCGCGAGUUCGUACCCAAGACAGUGAUACCCAGCAAAGUCGGCUACAUGCCCGCAACUACAGACUGGCUCGAUGGGCUAAACAAGCCCCUCAGCGACUGGGAUGCGCAAUACUACAUACACGAAUUCGAGGGUGAGUGCUUCAAACAGUGUAUGAAUCAGCUCCAGUACCCCGCCCGCGAGUAUAUCGUCCAAAUCGCGCGUUUCGACCCCGCAAAGGGCAUCCCAGACGUACUAGCAUCAUAUGCAGAGUUUCGCCGCGAAUACAUGAAAGACAAGCCUAUUGAGCAGAUCCCACAGCUCGUUAUUGCCGGCCACGGCGCUAUCGACGACCCCGAUGCUACAUACAUUUACGAUCAGACGCUUGAUCUACUCGACACAAAGUAUCCCGACGUUAGGGACGACGUUGUAGUUAUGCGUCUAGGUCCUAUAGAUCAAUUGCUCAACGCACUUAUGUCCGUAGCCCACGUUGCGCUACAGCUCUCAACCCGCGAAGGCUUCGAAGUUAAGGUCAGUGAGGCGCUGCAUAAAGGGGUACCUAUUAUCGCUACGCGCGCUGGCGGCAUCCCGCUGCAAAUCGAGCACGAGAAAUCAGGUUUCCUAGUCGAGCCCGGCGACUACAAGACCGUAGCCAAAUAUUUGCACGACUUGUUUACAGAUAAGACGCUGUAUAAUAAGAUGAGUCUCUACGCGGCGACGCAUGUUAGCGACGAGGUGAGCACAGUAGGGAACGCCCUUAGUUGGUUGUAUUUGGCGCAAAGCUUGACGAGCGGGGAAGAUGUGCGGCCGAACAGUAGGUGGAUCAAUGACAUGGCGAGGGAAAAGGUAGGGUUAGGGUAUAGGAAAGGGGAAACGAGGUUGCCGAGGGAGGGAAGUCUUGACUUGUCGCAUGAUAAGACGAGGGGAGAUAGGGAGUUGGAAUAAUGGGGUUGAACGAUGGCCGAUGGACGGUUGGCCUAAUGUGUAUGAAUGCGAGGUUGUUUAUACCGGUCAUCGUGUCAGGAUAGUCGGCUCCGAGCCGAUUCUGAAAAGUCUCCAUGACUUGCACAAACAGCGCUUCGGCAUCCUUCCACCGGCCUUGGUUGCAGUUCUUCGACGCUAGGUUGGCCAUUCUGGUCAGCGUGUCGGGGUCGGCCGCUCCGAGCUUCGUCUUGAUGUCUCGUGUAUUAAUCUUGUGACAUGUGCAAACAUAGAUGUUGGUGGCAGCUGCUGUAUUUAACACGCUUAGCUAUCCGUUCUGCAGCUUUAGCCGUAAGCGUCAAUAACGCAG